AUGCGACUGCUGCGGCUUGAUCCUGAUAAACGCAAGUGGAUCCUUGAGUGGUUCUCGGGGGGAGAAACUCCAGUCUAUGCGAUACUGCCCCAUACUUGGGGCUGCAGUGAUGAUGAGGUUCAAUUCGAGGAUAUUCAAGGUGGGCAGAAAGACUAUUGCGAUAAUAGCAAACCGGGAUACGAAAAACUGCGCUUUUGUCAAGAGAAGACUGUGACAGAUGGUCUAACAUACUUCUGGAUCGACACCUGCUGCAUCAACAAGUCAUCCAGCGCCGAACUACAGCGUUCACUGGCCUCUAUGUUCUACUGGUAUCGAAAUUCCGCCAGAUGCUACGUGUAUCUCUCUGAUGAAUAUGCGUUCUCGAAGAGCAGAUGGUUCAAACGUAGUUGGACGCUUCAAGAACUCAUCGCACCAACCUCGAUCUUCUUCUUUUCCAAGGAAAAGGCAUUCCUCGGCAAUAAGAAAACGCUAGGAUCUACGAUUAGCGUUGUGACUCAGGUUCCCAUUCGAGCUCUCCAGGGACUUGAGGUCUCUUACUUUACCGUAGAUGAGCGUUUGUCUUGGAGCCAGGGCCGCUCUGCAACUAUCCCAGAAGAUGCUGCUUAUUCUUUAAUGGGAAUCUUCGGCGUGGACCUGCUCGUGCUGUAUGCAGACGGUGACUAUGAUGAGAGGAAAGAUAUAGCGUUUAAAACCCUGAAAAAGGCGAUUGCGGAAAAGAAGAUUGAUGAAAAAGAACCACAUCAUGUCAUACGAAUUGGUGGCGCAUCUUGGAGUGACCUCGUGAGAUUGAGCGAGAAUGACUUGCAAGAAUUGGAUUCCGAUCUUCAAGAAUACCAGAAGUGGCUACUUGGAGAGUUGCCAAAUCAGAUCAAUAAAUUGACCGUCUGGAACUCAUUGCUUGGAGAACUUUCGGAGGCUGCGGGAGUAAAGAUGAAGGAAUUAUUGGAAAAGCAUGGCGUUGCUUACGAGGACCUAUCACACCUUCAACCCAACAUGCGACCUUAUGAUCAGGCGUGGGCCCGCUUUAGUGACGAGAAACUCCCAGUACAAACGCGAGUGCAAGCACUAGUGGAAAAUCGGUGGUUCUUCACAAGGAAGAAUGAGAACGUCUUCACAUGCAUCACUGCAGCUAGAACGCUCGAGGAUUUAAUGAUCUGGAGAAAGGUUUGGGGCAAAUAA